UGCUUUUGAAUAAUUAAGUAUUAGACUUUUUUUUUUUGCAAUUUGGGGUGAAAUGGCCAGCCAAAUACCAGAAGAGCAUAUCCGGCAUUGUAUGCUUUUUGAGUUUCGCAAGGGUAAUACCGCAACUGCUGCGACUAAAAACAUUUGCGAUGUUUAUCCAAGCGCAUUGGACGUUCGAAAAUGCCAAAGAUGGUUCUCCAAGUUCAGAUCAGGCAAUUUUGAUCUCUCGGACGCCCAUCGAUCAGGAAGACCAACAACAUUAGAUAACGACGUGCUAAGGGCAGAAGUGGAAGCAAAUCCAUGUCAAACAAUUGAGGAACUCUCAAACAGCCUUAACCAACCUUGGUCAACCAUCCAAGAACAUUUGCCGCAGAUUGGAAAAAUAAGCAGAGCUGGUGUUUGGGUCCCCCAUAAUCUGUCCGAACAGAAUAAAGCCAACCGGUCCAUCACGUGCAACGUAUUGCUUCAACGGCACCGUACAGAUCCGUUUUUUGAUCGCUUGAUCACUGGAGACGAAAAAUGGGUCCUGUACGACAAUCCGAAACGCAAAAGGCAGUGACUUA